GUUUACCCACAGUGUGGGGCAGGAUGUAGAUAAUGAUCCUGCAGAGGAGACUGAGAAGGAGCAAGCAGAGAGCUCAGAUCAGACCAGGAACUGCCUUCAGAGCAGGAGAGAUGGCUUCAAGAAACAAAAUUUCUGGUUGUUCACUCCAAACAAGAGGUGAUAAGAGGUGAAGGGGAAGGAAGCAACUGACUGCUGAACUUCUCUGUCUUUUCCCAGACUAAACAAGAAAGUCAGCUGGGUGGAAACAAUGUCCUUAGCAAUUCUUCUUUCCUGCUUGGUGUUUCUCCAAUCCACAGAAUCCUGCAAAACUCAUUGCCAGGGUGUCAAUAAAGACAGGGUACAGGUGACUGGCAGAACACAAGAUUGUGAAGUUCCCUGUGUUGAAAAUUCAUGCUGCUUUCAGGCCUGUGCUUCAGGGCUGGAGGGGAACAUAGGGUUUCUAUGCAGGAAUAAAGAAUGGAGGAAAUCCACAGAUACUUGCCGAACACUUAACGUCCUCACUAUUUUUGAGGAUGCAUCAAAGAUAAUUCCCAACAUCUUUGCAGCUGUGCCUUCAAAAAUAGGAAAACAUGCAACGAUUACAGACGUUUUGAUGCAAAGAUGUCCAAAGGAUUUAUCUUGCAUACUUAAAGGCAUUCAAAAGUCUCCACAAAUACCAGGAAACAUUGAGGUCAUUGUGGAGCUGUUGCAUAAUAUUUCAAGAGUGUUAUCUGAAGAUGUUGAUGAAGUUAAGAUACAGAGCUACAGCAUCAUAGCAAAUCAUAUUCUGGACAGCAGAAGCAUCCCACACUGGACCUUUGUGCCUGAAAGAAGCAGUAGCUCUAUCUUGUUGCAGUCAAUGAUUUCUUUUGUGAAGAACUUUUUACUACAUGAGCAUUCCCUUGACAUCUCAGAGGAAUUCAUUCACAUCCUCGGCAUCAACAUAUCAAAAGACAGCGGCCAAGAAAGUUUGAGUUUUUCCAUGAAGGUGAAUGACACUGAGAAUGAAAUCACCGGUCUGGUGCUUCUCCCACAGGAAGAGCUUCAGAAGCUGCCUUUGCCUUCCCAAGCCAUCAGCAUUGCCUUCCCCACACUAGGGGCCAUCUUGGAAGCCAGCUUCUUUGAGAAUGUCACUGUGAAUGGUCUCAUUCUGUCUGUCAUCUUGCCCAAGGAGCUCCAAAGGAUCUCACUGGUUUUUGAGAAGAUCACCAAAUUUAGAGAUGGCAGAACACAGUGUGUUGGCUGGCACCCGACAGAGAAUAAGUGGGAUGAGGAAGCCUGUGAAAUGGCCCUGGAUGGCAUGGACCAGACUCUUUGUAGUUGUCAAUCAAACAAGAGAUUUACUUCUUUCUCAAUUCUUAUGUCGCCUCAUGUCCCUGAGAGCCCAGUUCUGCUUUAUAUCAUGUAUAUUGGCCUGGGCAUCUCAAUUGGUAGUUUAAUUCUUUGCUUAAUCAUUGAGGCCAUGGUUUGGCGCCAGGUAACGAAGACAGAGAUCUCAUACUUACGCCACAUUUGCAUUGUGAACAUUGCUGCCACACUUCUGAUGGCAGAUAUGGGCUUCAUUGUAUCUUCCCUCUUUAGCAAUCUAGUGCAACACCAUAAUGGUUGUGUGGUUGUUACCUUUUUUAUUCACUUCUUUUACCUCUCUGUUUUUUUCUGGAUGUUCGUGAUGGCACUCCUCAUCCUUUAUGGAAUUGUGAUCGUUUUUCAUACCAUCCCAAAGUCUGUUGUAAUGACUUCUGCCUUCUCCAUAGGAUAUGGGUGUCCUUUGAUAAUUGCUGUCAUUACGGUUGCUGCCACUGAACCGAGCCAAGGCUAUGUGCGACCCAUGACCUGUUGGCUCAACUGGGAUAAUACCAAAGCCCUACUUGCCUUUGUUGUCCCAGCCCUGGCCAUCGUGGUGAUGAACUUGAUCACAAUAGGAAUGGUCAUAGUAAAGACUCAGCGACCUUCCAUUGGCAGCCCAAUAGCUCAAGAAAUGGCUACCAUAGUGAGAAUAAGUAAGAAUGUUGCCAUCCUCACACCAUUGCUGGGACUGACCUGGGGCUUUGGAAUAGCCAUAGUCAUAGAAAAGAAUUCCCUUGCAUUCCAUAUAAUCUUCUCAUUACUUAAUGCUUUCCAGGGCUUCUUUAUCUUAGUGUUUGGAACGUUCCUGGAUCAGAAGAUAAGAGAUGCCUUAAAGGUCAGAAUGUCUUCUGUAAAAUGGCUGUCUAGACUAUCAGAGCAUUUUUCUUCUGAAUCGGCACAUCAUCCCACCAAAGGGUCACACUAACUUGUUUACCACUGGAGAUGAAGAAGUUGAGACCCCAAGAAAAGACCCUAGAGUGACUCCUUUUGCAUCAAUCAACCCAUUGCUGGAUGACUGGAAACCAUACAAGCUCAGAAGACUGUAUUUCACCUGAGUGUGCUGGGACAUCUAGUCCUUAUAUGCUGUGUAACAAGCUUUGGCAGGAGAACCAGCCUGACUAUACGAGCAUUCAGCUGAGCUGCAUCUCCAUCAGACAGAUGGAAUACAGAAAAUAAUUGGUGAAAAGUAUCAAGCACAGGAUUCUAGACUUUUUAUUGGAAGACCUUGAUGGAAACUUCUCUUUGAAGAAAUAGCUAAAAUAUAACAGAGAGAAAACAGUUGGUAUUCUCUGCCAUGGGCCCAGUUCAAUUUCCAAGGCCCUUCAUCGACUGAGUAACUGGAACAAUGCUUAGGGGGCAAGAUUUGAAUACAAGAUUUGAAACUGCCACUACUGGUGUCUUCCCUUUGAGAUCACCUUCUAUUUACAUUGUAUUUACAGUUGUUUGCAUGUUGUUUCUCCCCACGUGAGCUCC